UCCUCACUUCUCAUACAACUUACUCAUCACCAGUCUCGAAAGAAAUCCAGUCACCAUGCAGCUAUCACUGUUCCUCCAGAUCAUCUCCAGCAGCCUCGUAGCUGCCCAAUUCGGAUCCACCCUUAACGAUGGCAUGCCGAUAACAUGCGGAACUGGCUAUGUACCAUCCCUAACCUGCGACACACCCAACGGUAUGUGCUCCUGCACGUGUGGCAGCGGAGCCGUCUACCAGAAACCCGAGUCCUCACUCAACACCGGUUCAGAUCCAUUGGACUUUUCCAGCCCACAACGCCUCGCGACCAAACCCUGUACGGGCGAGGUGCUUAUGCCCUGGCAACACAUUAAUGUGCGCCGUACAGCGGGUACGGUACAGGAUUCCGCGAUUGGAUCCAUCCCCAUCGACAACCCCGAGGACAGCAUUCUCCUCGUGGCUGAUGGUUCCAAUAGGUGCGAGCGGUUUGAGGUAUACAUUGAUGGUGUGUUGGUGGGAGAGACGUCGGGAGAAGGACCCCGCGAUAACUACAAGUGCGACGCUGUAGAAAAGUGUAUGAAGGAAGGUGCAGAUUUUGCGUAUUUUACUCUUCCGCGAGGAAAACAUACCAUUGGUACCAAAUGGGUCAAGGCAACCGACGCAUGCAAGGCCUGGCCCAAUGGCAUUGCAAACAUUCAGACGUACAAGCCUUGCGAGUAGCUUUUUUUUUUUAAAAAAAAAAGGGUCUUGAGUGGAUUUCCCCACCUUACCUGCACAAAAUGCUGGCAUGAAUUCAGUCAAGUAUGCUGCGUGAAAUGCGUCUCGCAUGCUCAUACUUUUCAAGAUUACAGUACGGUGCUGAAAAAAAAACACAGUUGAGUGGAAUAUUUCAACACCAUGUUCGUAUACGAGCACAUCACACUCCUUAAUAUAUAGUACAUAAUACAUAGCAUUUCGUAGGCUCUUACACAUUCAAUCAAUCAGAUCGAUACAAUAUCGUAACCCUA